CGUUUCCCGAAGCGACCAGCGGCUGAUCCCACGCUGGUGUUGUCAAAUUAGGUCGCUGCUGCUCGUAAGGUCCGGGUCCUCCGGCUAUUGUGAAUAAAGCUCAGCUGGGUCUCAUGAUGGCGCAUCGGGAGGCGGAAUGCAUCUUACUAACUGUUCCUGAUGACGCUUGGACGCCGGAUUUACGGCAUUGGUCUCUACCGCGUUCCGCAGUCGAAUUGGCAGGCAAGCUACUAGCACCCUCGGCUCCCUCGCUGUCAGGAAAACGGGUUUGCUUGUAAAUAGGAUCCUCAGCGUUUCCCGAGUGUUCCCGAAGGUGUUUCAACUUUCAACUUCCGGUAGGCUGUUAUCAGUGGUUGGUACCGCUAGUGUGUGGCGUGUACGGAGCAACCGAAACGGAGAUCGACGCCUCCAUUCCAAGUGUUCGUCCUUGUAUCUUAGUUGGAUGAGAAUGGAAGCGGAAGUAAAGGAAGGGGAGGGAAAGGAAGUGAAGGCGAGGGGAAGGGCUGAGGAGGAAGCGGGGGAGAUGAGGAAGGAUCUAGGGGGUGACGUGGAGGAGAGAGCCAAGGGAGAGAAGGAGGAGGAGGGGAGGGGAACGCAGGAGAGGGGAACGCAGGAGAGGGGAGGAACGGAGGAGCGGAAGGUAGAAGUUGGAGAAGCAGUGGGGGCGAGGAAUGCAGCGGAGGUGUUGAAACCGAAUGGAGCUCAAACGACGGAGAGUACGGAGGAGGCGUUAAGGACGAAUGGAUUUCAAAAGACGGAGAAUAGAAAGGAGGCUUCAAAGGCGAAUGGAUCUCAGACGGCGAAAGAGAGUCAGGAGGCGAACGAGGCUGCUGCAUCAGCUGUUCCUCCCGUUUCAUCUGCGCCUCCAGUUUCAUCUGCUCCUCCCGCUUCAUCUGCUCCUCCCGUUUCAUCUGCGCCUCCCGCUUCAUCUGCACCUCUCGUUACCUCUGUGCCUCCCGUUUCAUCUGCUCCUCCCGUUUCAUCUGCGCCUCCAGUUUCAUCUCCUCCUCCCGUUUCAACUUCUCCCGCAGUUUCUGUUGCUCCUCCAAUUUCGUCUGCUCCUACCGUAGUAGCAGACUUAGCUCCACCCGACUCAGCUGCACCCGACUUAGCUGUACCCGAAGUAGCUGCACCUCAAGUAGCUGCACCCGAACUAGCUGCAGCAGAGUUAGUUGCCGUAGACAGAAGAGCGGCUGAUACAGUUGUAGCAGAGAGAAGAGCGGCUGAUACGGUUGUAGCAGAGAGAAGAGCGGCUGAUACGGUUGUAGCAGAGAGAAGAGCGGCUGAUACGGUUGUAGCAGAGAGAAGAGCGGCUGAUGCAGUCGUAGCAAGCGCUGUGGCAUCAGGUUCGGAAGGCAAGCUAAGUCGCCUAGGCGAAUUGGAGCAACGGCAACAGAAACAGCAGCAGCAGCAGCAGCACGAGAAUCAGCAGCAGCCGCCACAACAGCAGCCAGAGAAAAAGCAGCAGCAGCAGCAGCACGAGAAACAGCAGCAGCAGCCGCUGCACGAGAAACAGCAUGUGCAGCAGCAGGAGAAGCAACAACCAGCCAUCCCACCGCAUGGCACUCCAAUGACUCAUGGGGGAAAGGGCGAGCAGCAGAAGCAACAACCAGCCAUCCCACCGCAUGGCACUCCAAUGACUCAUGGGGGAAAGGGCGAGCAGCAGGAGAAGCAACAACCAGCCAUCCUACCGCAUGGCACUCCAAUGACUCAUGGGGGAAAGGGCGAGCAGCAGGAGAAGCAACAACCAGCCAUCCCACCGCAUGGCACUCCAAUGACUCAUGGGGGAAAGGGCGAGCAGCAGGAGGCAUGGGGAGGCGCGGGUAAAGUCAGCCUAGCUCCAGACAGCGAGAAAGAGCAGGAGGAGGCGUGGGGAGGAGUGGGGAAGGUCCGUGUAAAGCCAGACAGAGAGAGAGAGCAGGAGGAGGCGCGGAGAGCCGCGGGAAAGGUCGGAUUGGUCCCAGACAGAGAGAGAGGGCGGCAGGAGGUCCGAUUGGAUCCAGACAGAGAGAGAGGGCGGCAGGAGGUCCGAUUGGAUCCAGACAGAGAGCCAUCAAAAUUGUCCAUACAAUUCACAAGUCUUUCGGUGGGGAAGGUCGGAUUGGAUUCAGACAGAGAGAAAGGGAAGGAGGAGGCGCGGGGACGAGUGGGGCAGGUCAGUUUAGACUCAGACAGAGAGAGAGGGGGGGAAGAGGCGUGGGGAGGAGUGGGGAAGGUCCGACUGGAUCCCGAUGCAGAGCCCAAGGCUAAGAGGAAGAAGGUUAAGCGGCUGAGCAGCAUGCAUGUGGUGCGGGGGGGUGUUCCCGCCGAAGAGAGGCUGUUUGGGGGAUAAUGCUGCAGCAGCAGCAGCAGCAGCAGCAGCAGCAGUGGGUGCUGCAGCAGCGC